AUGGUGCUUACAUCUUCGAAUGCUUCAAGUAGAACUAAACAAGAAAGUGUUUAUGGCAAUAUACCUCCCAUCGGCAAAUCGAUACGCCAACAAAGUCUAACAGCUGUUGGUUACUGUUGGCGGGGCAAAGAAGAACUAGCGGAAGACUUCUUAUACUGUUUACUUUUUGUCUUUCUUUUCUCAUUUUACUUCUUCCUUUUUUACUUCUUUCUUCUGUUUUGUUUGUUUCUUUCUUUCUUUUUCUUCUUCGUCUUCAUCAUCAUCAUCAUCAUCUUCUUCUUCUUUUCUUCUUCUUUCUCUUCUUCCUUUUCUUCUCUGUCAUCUGCAUCGUUUUUUCUCGUUCUUCUUUUCUUUUACUUUUUUCUCUUUCUUCGAUAUUUGCCUCUCUCUACUCUCUCUCUCUCUCUCUCUCUCACUUUCUCUCUCACCCAAAUUCCGUCUCUCUCUCUUUCUCUCUUUGCCGCCCGCUUAUCCUGCUUCUUUCUCUAUUUCUCACUCUUCAUCAUUUUUUUUUUUUUUGCCAGAAUAUCUUUGUGUUCAGAACUGGGUUUCUCUUUUUCCAUAUUUCUUUCUUUUUUUGUUUCUUCUGCUCUUUCUUUCUUUCUUUCUUUCUUUCUUUCUUUCUUUCUUUCUUUCUUUUCCAACUUUCUAUCACAUUUUUCUCUAUUUUUAGCCGCCCUCGAUUUUUCUUUCAUGAAUGACUCUCCUUCUCUCUCCUACCCUUUAUUUUCUCGGCGCACUUCCAUUUUCAUACUUGCUAGCUUUCAUCGCUUACAUUUGAUAUUCGAAAGAAAACUUAAACUCUUUCUUUUGCUUCCCAUUGAAUUAAUCCUUUCUGUCCCCGCGUCUGCAAUCAAAUCCACUCCGUCCACAUCAAGAUUAUUUCAGAAAGUGUCGGAAUUGACGUAUUAUAUCUGUCUCUUCAUUACUCUCACUAACCUUACUCUCCCUUUUCUUUUACUUUUCAGAUUUAACUCUUUGUUACCUCCCUUUGCAACAAUGUCAUCUUCUCACUCUCUCCUUAUCUUCCCUGCUAUCUAUUUCUUUCUCUACCUUCCCUGUUAA